GUGAUAGCUCAGCACAGAGCUCACUUUGUUUACUAGCGCCCUGGAAUUGGACAGAAGAUGAAAUUGCUGCUGAGCUCCAAUGUUUCUCUCGGCGUCUGCCUGCUGCUGGUCCUCCUGGUGCCUGUGCUGACCCAUUCUCCCCGUCGGGAGAAGCUCAACAGACUGUGGAAGCAGAUGAAUCUCCUGAAGGUCAUCGCUCGUGGACCAUUUAGCACCAAUGACCUGGAGGCCGACUACCAGCACAACCUUACUGCCCUACCACGUAUAACUUCACGAGCGCGUGACUUCAGGAAUUUACAGUUGAACACCACCCUUUUGCAGCUUCACUCUGGCCUGCAGUCUUUCCAGUUUCACUUUGACUGGCUGCGGCAGGUCCAUCUGAACAGGUCCAUGAAUGUCCCCCCUAUGACUCAGCGCAUCAUGGACCAUCUGCAGCUGCUACAGAAACAGAUGGAGAAUCUUCCUUCAAACCCAGUUCCACGGGUACCACCACAGCUGCCACGGUUGACCAGCAACUGGGACAUCCACACCGCGUCCGUCGUGGUCCAUCAGCAUUUACAAAGCUUUUGCAAAUGGUCAGUCUUGGCCCUUCACAACCUGAUGCGAAAAGCCCUAUAGCCCUCCAAACCCAGAACAUUCUACUGCCCCUCAACCACUCUUUAUCCCCAACUUGCUGGAUUCUUUGACCACCUGUGCCCAUCCCAUCCACCAGCUGAUGCAACUUUCGGCAGCUUCUAUUUCUUCUGAACAUUCCUCUGGCAAACCACAAUAUUAUUUAAUAUUUAUGUUUAUGCUAUGGCCUUCUUUUAAAGUAAUGUGAAGAAAUGUAUUUACAUAUUUAAGAUGAUAACUUAAUAUUUAAUUAUUUAAUUGAACUUGUUUACAUG